UCCAUACACUUUACUUUUUCUUUUCAGACAAUUAAUUGAAUCUAUGGCAUCAUCAUCUUCUACUGUGAGUAAUUCACAAAACUGUCCUCGAUGGAAGUACGAUGUCUUUCUAAGUUUCAGAGGAGAUGAUACCCGGAAUAAUUUUACGAGUCACUUGCACAAAGGUUUGAAAAAUAGGGGAAUAUCCACCUUUCUAGAUGAUGAAAGGCUAGAGAAUGGCGAUUCCAUCUCAAAAGAACUCGUGCAAGCGAUAGAAGAGUCUCAAGUUGCCGUAAUCGUUUUCUCAAAGAAUUAUGCUAUGUCAAGGUGGUGCUUGAAUGAACUAUUGAAGAUUAUGGAAUGCAAGGAGAAAGAAAAUGGACAAACAGUUAUACCGGUCUUCUAUUAUGUGGAUCCAUCACAUGUUCGAUACCAAAUUGAGAGCUUUGCAGAAGCAUUUGCCAAACACAAAUUGAGGUAUAAGGAUGAUGUUGAGGGGAUGCAGAAGGUUCAAGGAUGGAGGAAUGCCCUAAUUGCUGCCGCAGAUCUAAAAGGACAUGAUAUUCAUGACCGGAUUAAUCAAUCGAUGAAAAUUGAUCAGAUCGUCGACCACAUCUCUUCCAAAUUUUGCAAGAGUGGUUUUUUAUCUUAUUUGCAAGAUGUUGUGGGAAUAAAUGCUCAUUUGGAGAAACUAAAAUCCCUACUUCAAAUAGAAAUCAAUAAUGUUCGGAUUGUAGGAAUCAGGGGAAUAGGCGGAGUUGGUAAGACGACGAUAGCAAAAGCCAUCUUUGAUACUCUAUCUCAUCAAUUUCAAGCAGCUUGUUUUCUUGCCGAUGUUAAAGAAAAUGCAAGAAAGAAUCAACUACAUUCCUUACAAAAUACCCUUCUCUCCGAAUUGUUAAGAAAAAAAGAUAAUUACGUCAAUAAUAAGUAUGAUGGGAAGUGCAUGAUUCCGAACAAACUUUCUUCAAUGAAGGUGUUGAUUGUGCUUGAUGACAUAGAUCAUGAUGAUCAUUUGGAGUAUUUAGCAGGUGAUGUUGAUUGGUUUGGUAAUGGAAGCAGAGUUAUUGUAACAACUAGAAAUAGAAAAUUGAUAGAGGAUAGUGAUGCAAUAUAUGAAGUGCAUACACUACCUGAUCAUGAAGCUAUGCAAUUGUUCAAUCAACAUGCUUUCAAAAAAGAAGUUCCAGAUGAGUGUUUUAAGAAGUUCUCAUUGGAGGUAGUAAAUCAGGCUAAAGGCCUUCCUUUAGCCAUCAAGGUGUGGGGUUCUAUGUUGCAUAAGAAAGGCGUAGAUAAGUGGGAAAUAAUUGUAGACCAAAUAAAGAAAAAGUCUAAUUCAGAAAUUGUUGAAAAACUCAAAAUAAGUUAUGAUGGAUUGGAGCCUGAGGAGCAAAAGAUAUUUCUAGAUAUCGCAUGUUUCUUCCGAGGAGAUGAUAGAGAAGAAGUCAUGCGAAUUGUUGAGAGCUAUGAAUCUGGAGCUGAAUUCAUAUUGGAUGUCCUAAUUGACAAAUCCCUUGUGUUCAUUGACUAUGGUGCGAUUGAAAUGCAUGACUUGAUUGAAGAUAUGGGCAAAUACAUUGUGAAAAUGCAAAAAGAUUCCAGCAGAAUAUGGAAUGUUGAAGAUUUCAAAGAUGUUAUAAUGAACAAUAUGGGGACCAUGGCAGUGGAAGCAAUCUGGUUAUGGACAUUUAAAAAACUAAGCUUUAGCAAAGACGCAAUUAAAAAUAUGCAAAGGCUUAGGAUAUUAUGCCUACAGACUUAUCCAUGGGGUUCCCAAAGUGAUUUAGAAGAUGUCUCUAUUGAGUACCUGCCCAACAACUUGUGUUGGUUUGUCUGGCCUCAUUAUCCUUGGAAGUUAUUGCCAGAAAAUUUUAAUCCCAGAAGGCUUGCUAAUCUUGAUCUCCCAUAUAGUUCAUUGCAUUAUUUAUGGAAGGAAACAGAGGUACCAUUCUAUUUUCAGAUACUUUCUAUUUUUAAUUGUCCUAGAAUUAUAAUUGUUCUCAUAUUAAACUCUGUGAAUUGCAUUUCCAACCUCUGCAUCUAAAGAAGACACAAUAAAAAUAUGUUGGCACAAUUGAGUUUUGUGAAAAUAUUAUAUAAGGUAUGAGUUAUAUCAAAUCACAUUGUAAUGAGUAUCACAAAUUUUUCAACAAAAAAAUAUAUAAUUUGAAAUAUAUGAACAGUCAAUCUAUUUAAAUAACUUCUUUAUCGUAUGUAAAAUGAUUAGACAUUCCAUGAACCUGCAAAAUUUGGACAACAAAACUUGGUUUGGUAAUUAAAAUAAUGAUUAAACUUUAUGUUAUUAGGUCCAAAAAUGUGAUAUAUAACAUGUAACCACACCAAAAUGAGUAUACAAAGAUGAUUAAAUGGCUCCGAUUUGACUGCAAAAGAAAAUUUCUACAUACCUUACUUUGUAGUUAUCAACUAUUAUUUCAUUCAAUGACCGUUGAGAAUUAGGAACAUUCUUAAUGUUCAUUUAUACAAGAAUUUAGCUUAAAUUCAUCAUUAAUACUAAUUGGUAACCGAAGGAAAUAAAAAAGUUUGACAAUUAAUAUAAUUUAAUUAAAUCAUAUAUAUCCUCUAUUAAAUAUUAAUGUUUACGUUAUCUAUCAUUUGGCAAGUCAUCACCAGAGGAAUUAAGAUUCUUUUUAAGAUGAUGAAUGUAUGUUAUGUGAAGCUUUUUAUCAUUAAAUAUAUAUGAUAAGUAGUCUUUAAUAUAAUAUCAUUAGAUAAGACAUCCUCUUUUAGUACUAUCAUUUUUAUUUAUACUAAUA